AGAAGCGCAUAUGUCAAGAACUUCAUGCUGAUUGGCCGUGGCCUCCUGUCUCUGGGUUGCUAUUGGGUAAAUGCACCAGAGCCCGCCCACUUACGCACCAUGUUAGAUGUACGCAGGUUGUUUGGAAGAUGAGUUGACUUGAGAUGGUUUAUUAUCAGCGUGCCUGUAAUUUGGAAGUCCUCGCUCUUGUGUACAGGCAAUAACAUGUAUAUCUUACAGGACCUAUCCUGUCUUUUGGUCUCACUUUUGUGAAAAUGGUGAUUAGUGUGUGAUGCGAGAGGCAGCUGUUGGGACAGGAUGCCAGAGAUGACUGAAACUCAAACAUCUGGGCGAAAACCUAAGAAGAAGAAAAACAAAGAAUCUCACAAUGCAGUUGAAAGACACAGAAAAGAGAAAAUUAAUGCUGGAAUCAGCCGUAUCGGAAAUCUCCUGCCCUGUUCACAAGCUCUAAAACAGAGUAAAAUCAUGAUUUUGGACCAGGCCUUUCGAUACAUCACUGAGUUAAAAAAACAAAAUGAUACAAUGCUUUUGGAAGGAGGAGAUAAAACUCAAGCAGGGGAAAUACGUCGUCUAAGGCUUCAGUUGGAGGAGCUGAGAAAGGAGAGCGCCCACUACAUUCAGCUGCUCAAAGCCCAUGAUCUUUUGGAAGAUCCCACUAUUCACUGGAAGGGCAAACAGCGUUGUACCAAAAUCGCCAAUGUGACUUCUCAAAUUCAAAAGGGCAUAAUUGUUUAUUCCAAUGGCAAGGACUUGGAUUCAAGAGCACAACCAAUUGAAACACUAGUUCUUCAACAACCAUCUGAGGUCACUGCUGGGUUAAGGGUAAAUGGAGCUUUGGUUCAAGUUAAUACCUCAUCCCCAACACCAUCACUGCUUCCAAGUUCAGCUGUUGCCACCCCCAGAGUUAUAGAACAUGUGGUUGAGACCCCAGCCGUGGCUCCAAGUCUCCCACCCUCUGUGUCUUAUAUUACUCUUCAGAUUCCUGCAGUCACCACAGCUUUGCCACAACAACCACAGCCUGCUACCCCUGUCCAGACACUGACUUUAGCGACCAGUUCAGCAUCCUCCCUUCCCAGUGAAAGUGCUGUAGUCUCAGUAUCUAGUCUGACCUCACUUAACCAUACAAUAACGUCAGCCAAACCCACUACAUCUUUGGUUUCUCCGGACUCUGCCAUCAGGACUUUAGCUUACACCGCUGUUCCUCACAGCCAGCCCCUCCUCAGGGCACAGGCGGCAGGUAGCACACAGACGACAUGGACCACUUUGCAGAUGGCAGGGAACACCGUGCAACCUGUGUGCCAGAGUUUCCCUACUCUUGAAGACGCCACUCCCCCUCAGACUGUUCGGAGUGUGACCGUGUGUCAACCAAUUCAAGUACAAAUGCAGCCCACUGCACCAGCUCAACAAACACCCAGCCAAUCACAGCUACAACCAACCAUUCUAUCACAAAGACAAUCUGUAGCCCCUCAGAAUCCCUGUGCAGUUGUCAGUCCAUCGGCUGCUGUGCCUCAGCCCCCUGUGAUGGCCCACUCUGCUGUGGUGUCACAGCCUGCUGUCAUUCAGCCGGCCUCACUGCUCACUGCUCCUCCAGGUGCUCUCCUGUCUCAGCCUCCUCUGGGUCCCCAGCCCCAACCCGCUGUGCUCCCUCUUCUCCAGACUAUGCAGGUGCUGCAAGUCAAAACCGCCAAUGCAACACCACCAGGUGUGACUGUGCCACAGAGCACAAACAAGCCAAGUGUGGUCAUCCUACAGCAGGCCAACACUUGUCCUACUCAGUCGGUCGUGAGAGAGGAAAUAACAAAUCCAACACCUUGUCAACAUAUAGUGAUUAUCCAAGCCCCCAAUCCACCUGCCACAGCACCACAGAAUCCUCCAGUUGGUGUGGUGCCUACUGUACCACCUGUGCCUGCUGUGUCUACAAACAUCUCUUCUACCAGUUCAACUUCUGUCACGUCUCCACAGACUGUUGGGGGGAAGCAACUGGUACAUAUUCUUCCCCGCCCCAUUCAGCCUCAACAAAAUAAAUGCCAACCUGUCCCUCAACCAAACAUAUCCUCAUCGACUGUUGCUACCCCACAGACAAUCACAGUUAAUGGCCAAGUAUUUGCUCUGGCACCUGUAAAAACGACUGAUAACUUGGUUUCAAACAAUGCCCAGACCACAUUGCAGCUCAUUCAGCCCACCACCUCAGAGGAACCAACUACUAAUGUGGCCCUCAAUAGUCUAGGUGCUCUAAGUAGUCUUAACCAGAGCAUUUCUCAAGGCAUCCCUUUAGCCAUUUCAGGCCAGAACAACCUCUCAACAUCAAAUCCAUCAAUUAUCCCGCAGCAGUCCCCUAUUACUACACCUGUUACUGAAAGUGGUGUAACUUCACCUGUCCAAGUUCCAUGUUUGAAACCAAUUAAGCCAGCACUAGUAGCCAAUUCCCCAAAGAUCACAGGAAGAAAACUCCAAACAGCUUUACCUGUGAAAAAAACAUUUAAAAAAUGUAAACCAGUCAAGAGCCAAAAACAGAAACCAAAACAGCCUGCAGUUAUUUUGGCCAAGACGACACCUGUCACAAGUGCAAGUCAGACUUUAUCAAAUGUAAUAAAGAAUUCAGCACCAGAAAUCAUUCAGAGUAUAUUUCCUAUAGUAACAGCAACCACUUGCAGUAAUUCUGUCACUCCCUCAGUAAAUGUGACAGUGACACAAAACACACAUACAGUGAAUGUAGCUAGUUCGCUAGAUGGAAUAGCUGUAUCUUGUCAAUCAAAUUUACAGACUACUGCCACUACUGCCACUACAACUCAGAUAAACAACUUAAAUAAGUCUAGUGCUAAUGCUGUAACAACAGCAGUUACAGGCAUUUCUGGCAGGGCAACAGUUAGUUUAUCUGGUAUAGUGUCUGGAAACCCCUUAACUGUUAAUAAGAAUUCUGUUUCUGAACUUAAGCUACAAAGAGAAAGUAGAACAAUAGAAAACAAGACGACUGACCCAGCUGUUUCUGAACAAACAAAAUCUUCAUCUUGUGGCAAUGAGACACAACUCCGCAUUAACUCCACCAACAGUACAUCAACUAUAACAGCGACAUUAAAGAAGACUGCUCCAUCAUCAUCAGUGUGCCACUCUCAAGGAUCACUUAUGCUCCAGUCUACACCCUGCUCUAGAUCAGACUCUACAGCAACCUCCCCCUUGCCCACAGCCAAACCCCUGGUGUCACCUUUUUCAAAUACUCUAAAUGCAACCCCUGUAACCAGUUCAGGGGCAAAAAUUGUGACUGAUAUUAGUGCUCCAAUACAAAUGACAAAUAUGAGCACUUUCCUGUCGCCUGAAAAACCAGCCCAGGGUGGGAAAGGUGACACCCAAGAGGAGAGACACAGUAAAACAGAGAGGUUACAUCCUGUCACAGGAAACUCUGACAAUGCUUCAAAAAAAGACUUCACACAUAAUCAACAGAUUUACACAAACUUGGACGAUCAAACAUCAGAGUCAUCUCUGUCUUUGAGCAGGCAGACUGAUUCUCCUAUGUCUUCAGCGACUGGAGGCCGUGGAUUUUCAGUUGCAUCGAUGCUGCCACAGGGUCACAGUAUGAGUGCAGCAUCUGGCUCGUUCAGCUCAUUUCUACUGACAUCAGAACAGGCAGAGAUGCUGGCUUUGGCAAUGUUGGAGCAGGACAGCCCUGACAGGAGGACUGGGGUUUGUACGGGUAGCAAAACGGACAUAUCAAACUCCGGUACAGGCACAUGGGAGCCCACUAAACCAGCCUCUGCGUCAGCAAAAGAAUGUGGGACACCUGCACGGCAGGAAAAAUAUAAAACAUUGGAUACAUUAAAAACGGCUAUGCCUCCUCCUGACAGAGGACAAGAUAGUGAGAUCACUAUGAGUGGAAGCAGACAUCCUCAAAAUGUUUCCUAUUCUCAUUCUCAGAUUGUCCCACAAGCACAAAACGCCUCACAGAGUAACACAGUGGCCAGUCUCAGUGUGAACAAUCUGAUUCGAACAAGCAGCAGUCAGCAGCCAUACCCAGGGUCUCCCAAUCUGACAGGACAGCCCUCUCCUGUUUGCACCACAGCGCACAUUUCCCAGCAAUCAAAUAAUGCCCUUUCUCCCUGCUCAGGCCAGCACACAGAGUACACUCCUCUAAAGACGGCUCUACCAAGAUCUCAGACUGGACUAAACAUGGCAGAACGUGUUAAAAUCAUCCCUAAGAGGCAAGCACCAGAGGAAAUCAUAAUGAACCCUGGAAAGAGAGCUAAACCUUGUCAGCCAUUGGUUAAUGCAGUUAACCAGAUGGAUGUUAAGGGGCCGGACCACAGUCAAUUAAUGGGUGGUCAACUGGCUCCAGUAUCUUCAGCCAUUAUGACCAGGAUUAAUAAUGAGAGUGGAGGGGCAUUAUUCACAAACACUUUUAUGAGCCCAAUAGUUAGACCAUCAGAGACACACUGUCCUGCUCCCGGCCCCUCUGAGCAGAGCCAACCAGGGGUACUUCAUCUUCAACAUAGUACGCCACAAACUGGUCCAAACCUUGGAGGAAACCAUUACUUAAAGCAGCAGCAAGAGCAACAAAGACAACACCUUUAUCAUUUACAGCAGCACCUGACCCAACCUGACCCGGCACAGCACCACUCACUGCAUCAGAGGGCACUACAGCAACAAGAGCAGCAGCAGCAGCAUGCUCAGAAGAAGAGGACCCUCGUCAGGGGAAGUCAGACCUCUUCACCAGUUGCCAUGCAGCAGAAGCAGCAAGCGCCACAGCAUCAACAGUCACAGCACCCAUCUUCUCAACAGCACCCAUCCUCCCAGCAACACCCAUCCUCCCAGCAACACUCAUCUUCCCAGCAACACUCAUCUUCUCAACAGCAUCCAUCCUCCCAGCAACACCCAUCUUCUCAACAGCAUCCAUCCUCCCAGCAACACCCAUCUUCUCAACAGCAUCCAUCCUCCCAGCAACACCCAUCUUCUCAACAGCACCCGCCGACCCAACAGCAGCACCCGCCGACCCAACAGCAGCACCCGCCGUCCCAACAGCAGCACCCGCCGUCCCAACAGCAGCACCCGCCGUCCCAACAGCAGCACCCGUCGUCCCAACAGCAGCACCCACCUCAACAUCCACAGCAGCACCCUCGGCAACAGGGCCAAAACCAGCAGCACCCACCGCAGCUGCAGAACUCUCACUCUAGACACCAACAGCACCUGCAGCAGCAGCUUCAUCAGCAGCACUUCAGGCACCAGGACAAGAGCUGUGAGGCCCCAGGGUCUCGAGGCCACCACAGCACCCACCUGGCCCAACAAGACCACCACAAGCCUGGUCAAGACCAUAAUGCUAUGCAAAGGAUGAUGAGUUCUAGAAACAUCGACCAGACCCUCAUCUCUCCAUCAAGUAACCCUGUGUCCCGCUCCUCUGAUUUGGCCUGUGCCCCCUCCUCACGACAAGAGCGGCACAGAGUCUCUAACUACUCUGCAGAGGCACUCAUAGGGAAAAGCUCCAGCAGUGACCAGCGCAUGUCCCUGCACCUGCAGCCUGUCCGAGGAGCUCCGCAGGAGCAGCCGGACCUCCGAGGAUAUUUGGACUCCUCCAGGACAAAGGCCAAUGUGACCCACAACCCACAGAGCCGCAUUCCUACAGAGCACCCCGGGCCAGUCGACGGGCCGCGGAUAUCAGAGUGUUUGUCAUUUAAAGCCAUGGGUGCACCACAUCAGUUAGGGGGUUUUGAGGUGCAAGUGUCUCGUGGAAAUGAGAUUACUGUUAAGUCCGGGCCACCUGUACAGAGGGGCCCUCAGGGGCAGCAGUCUGGUGGUUUUAGGAUUGGAGCAGGGCCUCCAGCAGAUGGUCGUAACAGGGGUACUUAUAAUGGAGCUACUGCUUCACAAGUGCAAGUCGGUCCGGUGCAGGAUGGGUGUCAUCAAAGCUUCAUGCAAAGUCUGCUCUCUCCUCACCUUCCUGAGCAGAGCAGCCAUAAUCAGGUGGCUCAGUGCUGCCCCCCUGUGUCCAUGGAGUACUGUGUGCCCAGGAGCACUUCAGCAGAAUUGCAGGCAAAGGCCUCCAGCCCCAGUGUCCCACAAAAUCAGAAGACCCCUGGGAUGCGCCUGGCAGAGGGCAACAAGGGCCACAUUUCUCUGGUCGGCAGUAACCUACACAGUGGUGUUCGGACAGGUCUGCCCCAUCCUCCCACACCUAAUAGCAGCUCUGAGCCGGGCCGGUCUUCUGCGCCCUCCAGAGCCCCUUCUGCAGUGGUGAGCCAGCACUCUCGCCACAUCACAAGAGACACACAGUCCUCUAAGCUCCGAGCUGGAGACAGGGCCCGCUCAGGUACCCUAAGAACCACCAACCCAUUUGAAUCUGAGGGACCCCUCUCUUUACCCUCUGGGGGCGGGGUGCUCCUCAGUCGAUCACAGUCUGGGGCAGAGGCACGCCGCAGCACUAUUGUUCGCUUCAUGCCAGACUCAUCUCAGGUCCCCACUGACAACAAUUUGGUUCCUGACCAACACCUUCCACAGAACUUUGGCUUUCCUUUUAUUCCUGAAGGAGGGAUGAAUCCUCCCCCUCCGAUCAAUGCAAACACCUCUUUCAUUCCCCCGGUGAGUCAGCCCAAUGCCUCACGUACACCUUCUCUAUUACCAGUGGAGGCCCAAAAUACUUUACCAUCUUUCUAUCCACCCUACUCUCCAGCAGCCCAUCCGAGCCUGCCCAGUGAUGUUACUCUCCAAUAUUUCCCAAACCAAAUGUUUACCAGCCCCAGCACUGAUAAGAGUAGUGCACCUCCUCUGAACAACCGCUUUGGUUCUAUCCUCUCUCCUCCUCGCCCUGUAGGCUUUGCUCAGGCCAGUUUCCCUCUUCUUUCUGAAAUGCCUCCUAUGCCUCCAAUUGCCAAUUCCUCUGGAAUCACUCCUCACAUUUCCAACUUUAGCCUGACUUCCUUGUUCCCGGAGAUUGCUACAGGUAUGCCUACUGAUGGCUCAGCCAUGCCCAUGUCUCCCCUGCUGUCCCUGCCUAACACUUCAUCAGAUUCUGGUAAGCAGUCCAAUCGUCCCGCCCACAACAUCAGCCACAUCCUGGGCCAUGAUGGCAGCUCAGCUGUGUGAGGCCUCUCUGGAUUUAGGAUGCUACUCAGUCAGUGUAACCCUAUGUCUUGCAGAUUUCAUUGACAAGAGUCUCAGUUAAUGACUUAUUAAUUUAAAACUGAAUUAUAAGAAUUUUACAAAACUGUAAAAUGUGAUAAUUUAAAGAUUUGAAAAUCUCCUUAUUGCAUAGCUAAUCACACUCUUCAGGUUUAGUUUUUUAUAUAAGUUGGUAGAAAAGGUUUCAAAGGUAGUCAUCUGGACAAUGUUUUCUUGACCAACAUUCUUUUCUUUUGCACUAGAUUACAAAAACAGUUAACUGUCUAAUUUACUAAUUUAUCCAAUGUUACUGUAUAGAAUCAUCUUUUUGUCAGAGCUCUUUUGUAAAUACAAAUGUUUCUUAUGGACAUUGCUAGAAUAUGUAUGUAUUUGUAAAUACAAAUUGAUUAAAGUUUAUAAUUAAUAA